UUGACUGCUUGCCGUAUGGAUGCACAGAGGGCUUCUGUCAGACUGCUAAGAAGAUGGCGAAGCACACAACCUCCAGAUGAAGAUACCAGAAAAGACCUUUAUGAGAGACUCAUACAUGUCAUAAAAGUAGAUCCUUCAGAUAAAAUCUUUCGACAGCAUGUCUCAGAUGUAAUUCAAGGAACUGAUCAAGAUCUGUACGUCUGUCUUGGUGAGGGUAUAGACAAUGUGACAGGGAACAUCAACAGUGGUGUGAAGAAACCAUUCAACGGUGACGACGAAGCUAGCAUUGAUUGGAUCAGCCAACUGAACAGCGAACACUCAGCUCUAACAGCGGUCUCUGCUUCUAAUAACGAACACAAUAGAGAGAGAUAUAAAAGAGUAUCAAGCAUGAAUUCAAACCAAGAUAUAAAGCAAGGCAUGCAGGAAGGUUCUGUAGAAGAGGCACCUUCACCAUCCUUAAGUGCUCACCAAGAAGGUGAUGACAUUACUCCGGGUUCAGGAGCCUUUGUUAAUAACCAUGCAGAGGGAAAAGAAAAUGGUCUGAAUCCUUUAUCUAAGAUCAUGCCGAUGAAAGAAUCAAUCAAGUCAUCUAAAACAGUAAGCUCGGCAUCUGAAAAGGGACCUAGCAACAAGAGACCGAGUAGAGAACAAAUAUAUAUUGAAGUUUCUCCUUGCAUGCCUUGCUCAGAGUCCAGCGAACUCUUUUCCGAAGAUUCUAAUAGAAAACUAAAACAAGAUAUGGAAGGAGGUGCUGCACCGCUAUCCCCAUGUCAAGAAAUUGUAAGUGUUACUGUGGAUUCAGGUUCCUUUGUGAUGAACCCUAUCGAUGAAAGGGAAAAUGAAGUGAUUUCGUCAAUGAAAGAUUUUGAAAUGAGAGAAUCAGUCACGAUAUCUGAAGCAAUAAGUUCGGAAUCUAAUAAGGGACCAGGCAAAAAGAGACCGAGUAGAGAACAAAUAUAUAUUGAAGUUUCUCCUUGCAUGCCUUGCUCAGAGUCCAGCGAACUCUUUUCCGAAGAUUCUGAUAGAAAACUAAAACAAGAUAUGGAAGGUGGUGCUGCAUCGCUAUCCCCAUCGCCAUGUCGAGAAAGUGUAAGUGUUACUGUGGAUUCAGGAUCCUUUGUGAUGAACACUGCCGGUGGAAGGGAAAAUGAAUUGAUUCCGUCAAUGAAACAUUUUGAAAUGAGAGAUUCAGUCACGUCAUCUGAAGCAAUAAGUUCGGAAUCUAAUACGGGACCAGGCAAAAAGAGACCUAGUAGAGAAUCACUAUUCUCGAACCCAUGUCAAGAUGUUAGGAAUCUAUGGUCGGAUUCAGAAACCUCUGUGAAGAAUAGUACUAGUGGAAAUGAGUUGGAGUCAAACCCCUUGACGGCGGAACAAAAGGUGAAAAAAUCAUUUUCUGAAAAUGGUAUUGACUUUGUUCUUGAUACAUACAAACCACUAUCUGAUGACGAGGUCUUUAACGUUGCUGAGGAUAUCGAAUCAGACGCCCAGAUCGAAGCUCUUGGUGCUGCUCUAAUGUUUUCGAGAGCCGACAUCAACCGAUACCUGGCUACAAACCAGGUACUAGGACGAAAAACGAGCCAAGGAAGCCGUACAAUGCUGUUCGAUUGGCGUCAGACGAUGAGACUUCGGGAUCAACGCCCUUCUUUCAAAGGAGCUCUGGUUCGAGCAGGACUGGUCAUGAUUGCAGAUCAGUACUUUCCAGACGUUCAAGGAAUGACAGAAAAUUCAAGCAAAGAAAACUUUGAUGAACACGGGAGUACUUUGAGAAAUCUGGCGAGAGCCAUCGAAAACGAUGCACAACUGCAUGCCCUUGGUCGAGAGCUUGGUUUUAGGAAGGUUGAACUGGAUAGGUUUUCUGCGUCGAACAUGACAGAAGGGACAGUUACGUGUAAAGGAAAUACUGACAUGCUUUAUGAAUGGCGCCAAAGAGUGAUCCCUUCGGAGAUACCCACUAGACUUAAGAAAGCGUUACGCCAAUCCGGUCUAGUGUUCCUAGCUGAGAAGUAUUUUCCAGACAUUUUGCAACCCGAAGAGCCUUCUUUGGACACCCUGAGCGCAAAAACUACGGCAAUAGCCUACCUAAGGAAACAUAUGGUUGACUAUUACACGAUGGUAACAUGUCAGAUUCAGAGAAAACCUUGGGACCCGGAAGAUUUUGCUGAUUUGAAGAACCUCUUUACCAAUAUUAUCGUCUACUUCGUAAACAAGAUGACGGGUGGGGCAAUGAAAGAGUUUCUUCCUGGGUGUAUCAAUGAUGUGUUCCGGGUGAAGGUCAACGGACGUCUUCCAAACAGGAUCCUCUUGAUUGCAGCAGCCGGAAUGGGCAAGACCUGUGCUGUGGCAAAGAUGGCAUAUGACUGGGCGUAUCAGGAAGAGAACUCUCCACUUAACGAUAUUCCUCUCUUCUUUGCUCUAAAGCUUAGGGCGGCUGACGAAGACAUGUCACUUGGUGAAGCUAUCCUCUCCGAAACACUUGGAAACAUCCACGGAGUGACCCCAGAAUCACUAGAAGAUUUCAUUGGAAGACAUGAAGAGGACUGUGCAAUGGCAUUGGAUGGAUAUGAUGAGUACAAGGGAAAGUUGUCUUUGAGGAACCCAAAGAGCAGUAUCACACAGGCGAUUGGAAACAGAAUUUACAGGUCCUGUCGCAUUAUUGUCACCAGUCGGCCAUAUCUUGAAAAUGAGUUUGCGAUUCCAGGACUGGCCAGAAUCUACACGAAGAUGGAGAUCAAUGGAUUCACACAAUCCCAGGUGCAGUCCUUCAUCAAGAAAUAUUUCAUGUUGAAGUCAAAACCGGAAGAGUUUCGCAGAUUAACAGGAUUCCUGCUGGAGAACGCAUUUAGUCAAACCAUCAUGAACACUCCACUCUUCUGUAUGAUGAUUUGUCAUCUCUGGGAAGAAGGUCUUCUUACUCAGAUUUCUUCUUUGACAGGAUUGUUUGAUACCAUCAUUCAGUUUCUACUAACACAUUCAAAAGCCAAGGAUGAUACGUUUGAAUGUGACAUUCAAGGUCUCCUUCAGGGUCUCGGAAAGUUAGCAAUGUCUGGACUCUUGAAGGAAGCACAGAAAGUGGUCUUCGAAGGUGCUGAUCUUGAAGGGAUAGAAGAGAGCGAGGGCAUUGGUAUCACACUCGGUCUGUUGUCAAAGCAGACAAAUCCAGCCAGGAAUAUUACGAACGGGAAAACCUCUAGGACAUACGUCGAGUUCUUCCACAAAAUGGCACAAGAGUAUUGUGGAAGCAAAUUCUUGGCUAGUUCUGAAGAUGACCUCGACUCCUUCCUGAAAGCUGUAUGUAAAAGUAGAACACCCCUCAUGUAUGCCAAUAUCCUUCGCUUCCUCGCAGGCUCAGGUGACGAUAUUCUGAUAUCCUCCAUUCAGCACAUUUUACAAAUUGAAGAGAGAGUAAUGAGCAAAGAAAUCAAGCACAGGCUCCUCCUGGAUUGUAUUUGUGAAGCCAGAGGGGAUAUUUCGAAUUCAACGUCUAACUUUCCAACUCUCUUUGACAAUGGCAAAAUAUGUCUGCAGUCAUUAUCUCCUAGUGCAGUAAUAGGCCUGACAAGACUACCGCCAACUGUUAGAAAACAGAUCACGUCAGCAGAUCUCAUGUAUUGCAAUCUGCCGUCCAAUCUUACACGAAUCAUUUUACAUGGUCUACAAUCUUGUAACAAUCUGGAAGAGAUGAAGGUGUGGGAGUGCAGUCUAAAAAAUCCUCCAAUACUCCAGCUUCCUGCAGUCAGGCGUAUCAUUAUUGGACACCUCGACAAUUCUCAGGAAUAUUCCUCACUCAUCGCAGCAGUUCCAAACGUGCAAACUCUCAGCUUGGAGAGUUGUCCAAACUUUGACACCCUUCAACAGGUCCUUCAAUCAUUCGUGAAAGGACUCAAAAAGUGCAAUCGUCAGCUUCGCAGUCUUCUGGUGUCUGGAUGUCGAGGGGAACUGUCUUCGUUAUGUGCCAAAGAGCUUAUCGAUUGUCUAAUGUUAGAAGCGCCACUUUUGGAAAAGCUGGUGCUGUUCAACGUCAAUUUUGAUUGGAAGGAUCUGCGGAUAUCUAUUACGAGAAUGAGACGAAUGACAAGUCUGAGGGAGAUUGGAAUUGAGUACUGUAGAACCACAGAAGACGGAUACUUUGAAAAGAGUCUUCGAGACAUCGCUUCAGCUGAUGGCGAGAUUAAGGUGACAUUACGUCAUGCUUACCAAAGAAGCAAGAUCUACAGAAUUCAUCCUCUUCCGUAGCUAUCACAAAGACAUCGUAUAGACCUGUACCUUAGAGAAGUGCGGUCAAAUAAGGAGGCUGAAGAUUUCGUCCUAUUCAUCAUGUGUAUUCUCGGAUACGAUUCGGAGCAAUUCGUAUUGCUCUGCAUUUGGGUAGAGUUAGUAAAAAGAAAUUAAAUGUUUAUGAAUUUUCAUCCAUUACCGUGAUUGCUUUCUUAUCACUUUUCAUUUGUUAGAACUUUUUCAAUCUUUAAUAUGAUAUAUUGGCAAUGGACUUUAACAACUAACAGCUAUAUAGCUAACCCUAUUUUACGCCCAAUCAAA